UACGCGCAUUUGAACGACGACCGUCCGGAACAAGCGUGUCAUCGUAGCAUAAUAGCGGCAGACAGCGAUAUGACCUGGGAACAUCUGGAACGUGGCAGUUCACCCGUUGAUUGGUGCGAAGGCAACUAUCUCAUUUCGCCGGAUAUAGCCGAGUUCGUGAACACGGUGAGCAACAUUCUGUUCCUGGUCGGCCCACCGUUUCUAAUCUACCUGUUCAAAGACUAUGGUAAAUUCAUCCAACCGGCCAUCCACAUGAUAUGGAUCCUACUGAUCAUCGUCGGGCUAAGUUCGGCCUACUUCCAUGCCACGCUCAGCCUGCUGGGUCAGCUACUGGACGAGCUGACCAUCCUGUGGGUAUUUAUGGCCACGCUGAGCUUGUUCUGUCCCAGGCGACACUUUCCACGGAUAUUUAAGUAUUCUAGGAAACGAUUCUGUAUCUCUAUGACGGUGUUCUCCCUCACGGCAACAGCUCUGUCCGUGUGCUACCCGGCUAUUAAUGCGUUCGCUCUGAUGUUGUUGGCCAUCCCUGCCACUUAUCUUUUGUACAAAGAACUAAAAAUCGUUGAAGAUAAACGGGUCUACCGGUUGGGCGUUCGCAAUACCACUAUAUUGCUGGUGGCCAUCGUGUGCUGGAUCAACGAUCGGAUGUUUUGCGACGCGUGGUCGCGGAUGAACUUUCCGUACCUGCACGGUUUCUGGCACAUUUUGAUCUUUAUUUCAGCAUACACGGCUUGCGUGCUGUUCGCAUACUUUUUUGUCAGCGACGAAAGGCCCGAAAGUCGACCGCAGCUCAAGUAUUGGCCAUCGAACAAUUUUGAACUGGGCGUACCGUACGUAUCGGUCAGCUGCUACAAGAAACUUAACGAUCACAUUUAGGUGUAGUGUUUACUGAGCGAUCUGUGUUAGCGAAGCGUACUAUUUAGUAGGACAAAAUGAAAUAUUUAUUUUUCAGUAGUGUAAAUAGCAAGUACAAAAGUAGCAAUGAGAAUUGAAGUGAAAAUGGAGAAACUCAUUACUCCCACAAGCAUAUUGUGUCAUAAAGCCAAAAAUGAAGUUUCCAAAAAGUUGAGCACUUGGUUGGAAAACAUCUACAAGG